GGUAAUUAAUUUAUCAACUUGCCAAUAUCGGAAUGUAAUCAAUCAGUCUGUUUGUAACAAUGAAAGAUUUUGAAUUAUGAUGUAUAUUUGAGAUAAAUGGACUGGCUAGAAUUAAAAUGUAGUUCACCUAUGAUAAACGUCAAGUUGGGCGAUUCAAUGAAUAUUUAUCAAGAAUAUGUCGUACCGUGGACUUUAGUCCAUCUCUGAGGCCGUCAAAACGAAAUUUUAACAAACCGAUUAACAUUUGUUAACAGAACAUUUGUUUGCGGUUAGUCAACAAUUGUACCAGGGAAAUGCAAGACAAAGUUAAAAAGAAAAUAUGUUCAUACGGUCAACGAUCAUCUCAAAGUAUAGAUAGAUCAUCAUACUCAAGUUUAUAUUUACAAAUUAUCGUUAAUGUAAUCAACCUUUUUGAAACAGAUUUUGAAUAUAUAUAAAUAAAAUUGUAGAUAAUAUGGCACAAAUAUAUAUUUUAUUUUUGAUUCUGUUCCUGCACCUCGUAUUGGAUGGAGGAUGUCAGGAGAAUGUGGAUAAUUCUACCGGAUACAACUUUCAAACAUAUGAAAUUUUUAAAGUAGAAAGUACAUACGCUGGAGAUAAUACGGCUUGUGAUUGCACAGUGGAUGCAUCAGUGUCAGGGCACGAGUGGAAUGAAUGGUCAAGAUGCCAAGGUCAUCAGAAGUCUUUUCAAUGUCAUAGAGGUAUUCAAUACAGAUGGAGACCGUGUUCAAGCACAAGCGAGCGGAAUCAAUGCAAACAACGCGAAUGGAAAUAUUGCUACAAUGAAAGAAGUUGUACUGGAGAAUGGCAGUCUUGGACAAACGCUGCUGAUGGCGGAAUAUGCAGUCAUUCGUGUGGAGGAGGCGUACGGCUGAAAGUUCGAGCGUGUGUAAAGAACAAUGAAAUCGGGUUAUUUUGUGCAGGAAAAAACAGAUCACCUUAUGGUAUUAAAAAGGAGCCAUGUAACUCACAAAAAUGCCCUGCCUGGUCAGAAUGGACAAUGCUUACAAAUAACUGUACCGAUGAAAAUUCAGAAGAUGGAACACAAGGCUUAACUUACGUUAGAUCAUGUUUAUAUAACGGUAAAAUUGCUACCGGCUGCGACGGUGAUAAUUCACAAAACAGGAUUACGAGGAGAUGUGAUGAAGCUCCACUUUCGUUUCCAGUAUCAAUAGCGGAACCAGAAAAGAAUACAGGAGUGCCUAACAACACAACUACAACUUAUGUUCUUGUUGCCAUAAUUGGAAUUCUGAUAGUUAUAUUAUUCAUCUUUUGUGGGCGUUUGUGUUCCACGACUCAUCGUAAACUAACGCAAGACAAGAAGCCGACUACAAUAUCACCAACCGCUGAUGUCGGCACUGAAAAGUCAAAUAGCUUUGUUGCUUCUCGUAUUUUGGGACCUGGUCGAUUUUCUCGCAAACCCAAAUGGAAAACACCAGAAAAUUACGAAGAAAUAGUCUUGGACAAUGAACCUAUCCAUGGCUCUUUCGCGGCAAGAGUUGCUGGACUGACCGCACCAACCUUAGCAUUGCCUGCUAUUCCACCGCCCUUGCGAGGGUCAUUCCAAGAUAUUUCACAAUUCGAACACAAAGGCUUAGAAACAUAUACUAUUAUGGCAGGCUCACCAACAUCGACAGUUCCAACUUAUACCCAAAAAAUACGCCCGGAAAGAGUGAAAUCGCGAAGACAAUCGACCCCGCCUUUACCUAAAAGAAACUUCAGUACGGAUGAAUCCUUACGACCAGUUCCAGUGGACAUUGCGUUCGAUGGAUCAGCACCCUCAAGUAGUAAUAAACUAGAAAGGAGAAAUACUAAUUUCACUUCUGUUUCUGUGGACAGCGACGCUGAAACAGGUCACUUAUACUUAGAGUCAAGAUCUCUCACAAGGUCGACUAAGAAUAAGAAGAAAAGGGAUAAGGAUGUGAAACGGCGUAAAAGUGAAGAUUAUGGAGCUCGAAAACAGCACAAAAGCAGACGUGAAAACGAUAGCACAGUAAGCAGGGAAAAUUCAGUUGGAUUCAGUAGGCUUCAUAGCAGUACUCGAGAAGAUACUUCACAUUCUUCACUUAGUCAUUUGUAUGCAGAAAUUCAUGAUAAUACUCGAUUUUAAAGUUGGACUUAAGUGCAUACAGCUUUUGUUAAAUAAAAUUGUAAAGCAAUUUUGAAUAUACCGGGACUUGACCCGAAAUCGGGCUCAUGGGAGAGAAGACUACACUGCAGAGGCUAUAAACAGUGGUGGGAUUCAAGGUUUUUCCCCGGGUUGUGCGAACCCGAUCUUGAGAUGGGCUUAUAAUCAGCGAACCCGAUCUUGUUUUUAGAGUUAUAAGUCCGUAUAGUUUUUGAAAUGAGGGAACCUGUUGUUAGUGUGUUCGAUACAAAAUAUAACCUGUUCUCACAUUUUUGAAUCCCAGCACUGGUUAUCGGCACAAAAGCUUGCGAGCAUAAGAUGACAAACUAUUUAGAAUAGGACAUUAAAUUGCAAAUAAGUUCUUGGCGGGUACUUAGAUAACAUCUUUCUAAUAUUCUUUGGUAUUGUACAAGCAGAGUUGCAGACUCUGGUUUAAAGGAGAGUGGAACUCAAAGCAAAGGCACGAUUUCUAUUAAUAUUUCAAAUAUUUUUAUUAUGAAUAUUAGUAAUAUUACUGAUGUUUAAGUGUAUCGUUGACGCAUUUGUGUGUGGUUGUCAGCUUUACCUACUUUGUGUUCGACUUUUUACAUAAAACUUUUUACAAUAUUAUGAAAUCCAUAAGCAACAUUGUUUUUUCCGCAGUACUGGAUAGUGUUUAUUGGAAGGAGUAUUUUGUUUACUUCCUGUUGAGUGAUACCAUUUAAACCAGCCAUAUACAGCAUUACUGAGUGUCAUAUAAAUAUAUAAUUUGAAUACUGUCCCGCUUUCAGAUAUUAUAUUCGAUUCGUUUUUUUUAAAUAUUUACAGAAGAUCUAAUCAUGGCGUUAUUUAUAAUUGUCUACCUAUUACAUGAAUUCAUAAAGAAAUUUUAGCACCAUCAACAAUAUCUCACACAAUGAACUGACUGAUUCCAUACGUGCACCAUGAGAUCUAUAUAACAGUGUUAUUUGUUGAAUGCAUUUUAGUGGAAUUUUUAAAUGUUUUGUUUUCACUAUUGUGUAAAAAAUUCAGAAUUCACUACUCAUAAAAAAGUUUAUGAUUU